GCACGCUGCCUCGGCGACAUCUCUCUCAGCAGCUGCAGGCCCUCCGCUUUGCCAGCGUAUCGGUGGUCGAGUUGCUUUCGGCCUGGCGCUCCUUUGUGGCGCCGCGGCCUGGAAAACACCAGCUUGGCUUCGGCGGACCCGUUGCACGUGGAGCUCUUUGGCCUCACGUCGGGCCACGGGGGGAUCUGGAGGAUGAGGACGAAGACUGCGAGGACUACCUGCUGCACCUAGCCCGCGACGACACCGUUGUGCGCUGCUUCGACACUGUUCUGGAGGUCUCACCGGAGUGCGAUCCUUUGCUCCUCCACGGUUCUAUUGGAGGAGUGGGCUGGAAAGAGAGUGGCAAGCUUUGCCCACCCCCUGCAGAUGCUGUGCAGCGCGCAAGGCUGGAGAGGGCGCGCCUGAUGCUGCUGGAGGAGGAG